CCUCUGUCUGAGUCCCAGGACGAGGUGGGUCUGAUGGCGUACCGGACUCGGUCCAAGCGUCCUCUACGGGACGUCCCGCUGGGCCGGCUGGAGGCGGAGCUCCGAGCUCCUGACAUCACACCUGAUAUGUACGACUCAAGCUCCGCCCACGAGGACAGGGACUGGACUGAUUGGCUGAGAGGCCUGAUGACCUCAGACAUGGAAAACGAAGAGGAGUGUGAUGAUGAAGAUGACCCAGAGUACAACUUCCUGGCCGAAAUCGAUGAACCAGAUGUGGAGGAUUACCGUGACGACAAGGCUGUCCGCAUCACCAAGAAGGAGGUCAACGAGCUGAUGGAGGAGCUGUUUGAGACGUUAAAGGAAGACCUGGCGGGACAGGAAGUGGACGAUGAAGGCCACGAGGAAGAGGAGGAGCCUCAGCCUGUUCAGACACACCCUCCUCAGGAGCAGCACCACACAGGGCCGGGUGAUGACGAGGCGGUGGACGAGCCAAUCACAGAGCUGCGUACGGUGAAGCAGCAGCUGGCGUUGCUCAGGAAGAGACGCCAGCUGGGCCUGCAGACACACACACUGUGUAACACACAC